AUGAGAGUAUUCAAAAUACGUCCUGUUUGGACAUCGCCUCCCUGUUCAUUCGCCAGGGCUUUGGAACUUGGAACAGCUUGUUCCAUCGACGCCAAACCCUCUGCUACCAGAGAACGGUGCAGCUCUGGUAGCACAACUGGCGCGGGCCUCAGCCCGCUAACCGCAAAAUCAGAGAGCGGCAAGGGCGACGCGCACCGACUUGCGCCAACCGAGGCGCAAGCCCUGGGUGUCUCCAAGGAUGCAGUCCAAGCGUGGCUCCCCGAGCUGCACGCUUGGCUGCUCCUGAAGCCGGCGCAUCCGGCCCUGGAUGCGCCAACGGCCGAAGCAACACGGGUGGCACGGCAGGCAGAAAAACGGGCUGAGAAAAAACGGUUGGAGGAGGAGAAACAAGCAGAGGCUCGGCCGGCGCUCGGCCGGCGGAAGAAGCUGUCCUGUCGCGAAUGCAGCCAGCCAGCGGAUGCGGCGCCGCGGCAGGCGAAACGAAAGAGCCAAGCUGAGAAGAACAAAGCCCGCAACAAGAGGCGCAGAGAGUUGCGCCAAGAAGCACGCCAAAGCCAGGACCCUGAGGCGCGCGGGAAAAUCGGGAGAGCCCGAGACCCGACGCCUCGCCGACGCAAACGCCAGGUCCGGCUCGCACGCGUGGCCGCCCUGGAGAAAGACAGGAAAAGGAAAACCCAGAGCUCAGCUGACGAGGAAGUAGACGCCGAACUGGCUGUGCCGGGCUUAGCAAUAGAGCGCUGGAAAGAGAGAGACAAGUAA